AUGCAAAACGACUUUGAUAGGUUACUGCUCUUCGAGCACGCUCGUAAAACAGCUGAAGCUGCUUAUGCUCAAGACCCCCUUGAUGCCGAUAAUUUGCUGAAGUGGGGAGGAGCUUUAUUGGAGUUGGCUCAGUUUCAAAGUGUUCCAGAUUCAAAGAAGAUGAUGCUAGAUGGAAUUACAAAGCUGGAGGAGGUGUUGUUGAUUAAUCCCAAGAAACAUGAGGCUAUUUGGUACCUGGGAAAUGCACAUACUUCAUAUGCAUUUUUGACACCUGAUCAAGAUGAGGCUAAUAGGAAUUUUGAAAAAGCAGCUGUCUACUUUCAACAAGCUGUUGAUGAGGAUCCAAAUAAUGAACUUUAUCGCAAGUCUUUGGAAGUGUCUUCUAAGGCUCCAGAGUUGCACUCACAGAUUCAUAAGCAUGGUGGCUUAGAUCAACAGACAAUGGGAGCUGCCUCUGCUUCUGCAGCUUCUACUUCAUCAAGUGCAAAGGGUUCAAAGAAGAAGAAAAGCAGCGAUCUCAAGUAUGAUAUAUGCGGAUGGGUUAUUCUUGCUGUUGGUAUUGUUGCUUGGAUUGGAUUUGCAAAAUCCCAGAUGCCUCCCUCUCCUCCUCCUCCUGCACGAUAA